AUGAUAUUACGUGCAACUAUAAUAGGACAUGGACCAUUUAGUCACAUCUUAGAUGAUGAAGUUGUACCAAGAUUAGGUCUCGAUAAAAAAUGGAAGCACGAAGACGGGUCAAUAAAUAUGCUAGGUGAUCUUAUUGAAGAACUGAGAAAUUCAGAAUCGAUUACUCCUAAUAUUUUUGUAUUUGUAGUUGAUAGAAUAGUAACUAGCCUUAAUGUAGACAGAGCAAUCAAUUAUAUGAUAGCAGAUGCGUUUGUGAAAGCUAAUCCAUGCCUUAAAAUCAAAGAGGCAAUUGAUAAACCUAAAGAAUAUAUCAAAUUGAAUAAUUCUAUAUUGAGUUUUAUCGAACAUUCGGAAGGCGAUGAUUUGAAAGAAUCAAGAAAAAUUAUCAAGCGAAUUAGACGGAGGGAUCUAUACAAAUUCAUAGCUGAGUGUUUAAUCUCGAAAGUUCGUAAAAAAUUCGUUACGAAG